AUGCGCCACUCAACGCUGCUAGGGCUGCCGACAUCUCUGCUCCUCCUCGUCACAUCACAGGCUCAGAGCCAGCAGGCUCGUCAACCCAUUGCGAUCCGAAAACUCCCCCUCGCCGCAUCAGAGAAGCUCUUGCCUGAACACUUUGCCUUCGCAGACAGCCCAGCCAUCGAUACAGACAAAGCACCGCCCUUCCUCAGCCCACGAGAAGCGGUCCUCGCCGAUCGACUGCAGCUUUCAGUGGACGAAGAGCAACUCAUCGCCCUCAACGCAAGCGACGCCUCGAGUAGACCAUACCGACCAGCUUUCAAGUCGCAUGAAGAGGAGGGAAGGCGCGAUGGGUGGGACUUGUUGCGGAGAGCAGCCGAGGUGCUCAACGUCCUCGAAGGGAGACAGACCUGCCCUGGGGGUAUGGAGGACUGCAGUAACGUCGGCGCCCCCAACAAGUGCUGCAUGAAUGGCGAGGUGUGCGUUGAGGUGGACAAUGCCGCCGUAGGAAACGUCGCUUGCUGUCCGGAAGGGGCUGAGUGCGGCGGACCCAUCGGCCUUCCCCGGAUGGCUCCCCGAGUAGUCAUUCCCCCUUACCGACCGACAUCUGCAGAGUCCCAAACCACGGAGUCAACAACGUCGGAGACGGCACCUGCCGAGACGCCCGAGGAUUACUGCCCGACUGGGUUCUACGCCUGCCUUGCCCGUGAGGGGGGAGGCUGCUGCCGCACCGGUCGUGACUGUGCAACAGUCGACUGCCCUACGACGCCCCUCACGACCAUCACAACGGACGGCGCAACCAUUGUCGUGCCGGUCACAGACGCGAGGGACGCGGCUGACGCGCAGGCCACCGAGACCUGCGCCAGCGGAUGGUUCCUGUGUGGUGACGAGGGAGGUCCUGUUGCUGGCUGUUGCCCGAGCGGGUUCGAGUGCGGGACGGCGAGUUGCACUUCUGCGUCUGCCUCUCAGACAGGCGAGGUUCAGAAGGUGUUUCCGGAGGCCGAGGGUGGAGCAGGGGAUCACGGGCUGCGCUUGAUGAGCGUUGUUGCCCUGGUCAGCAUGGUGGCUCUGGCAGUGCUUGCUUGA